AUGCGCGGCCCGCGGGCGCGGCUGCCGGCGCUGCCCGCGCUGCUCUGGCUGGCGCUGGCCCCGCUGCCCGGCGCGCCGGGCCCCGCGGCGCGGGCCGAGCUGCGGGUGCGGGUGCGGCUGCCCGGCGGGCAGGUGACCGAGGAGAGCCUGCAGGCCGACAGCCGCGCCGACUGCGUCAGCCUGGAGCUGCGAACGGCCGACGGAGCGCUGGUCACCCUCACCGCCGACUUCAGACAGGAGGUGAAGAUUUUCCGUGCCUUAAUCCUGGGGGAGCUGGAGAGAGGCCAGAGCCAGUUCCAAGCUCUCUGCUUCGUCACGCGGCUUCACCGCAACGAGAUCAUCCCCAGCGAGUCGAUGGCAAAGCUGCGGCAGAAAAACCCCAGGACAGUGCGUCAGGCUGAGGAGAUGCGGGGCCUGGAGCACCUCAGCAUGGAUGUAGCUGUCAACUUCAGCAAGGGGGCCCAGCUGAGCUCUCACAUCCACAAUGUCUGUGCAGAGGCCAAAGAAGCCAUUUACACCCGAGAAGAAGAUGUCAAGUUCUGGCUGGAGAAAGGUGUGGAUGGCUCCAUGUUCGAGGUCCUGCCCCAGACAUCUGACCUGCCUGACCUGCAGCGCUGCAGGCUGUGUGCAGACCGCUGGAAGCCCUGCAUCUGCAGCUACUCGCUGAGCAUCGAGUGGUACCCCUGCAUGCUCAAGUACUGCCGCAGCCGCGACGCCGGCGGCAAGCUUUCCUCUUACAAGUGUGGCAUCCGCAGCUGCCAGAAGGGCUACACCUUCGAUUACUAUGUGCCACAGAAGCAGCUCUGUCUCUGGGAUGAGGAGACCUAGCAGAGCCAGGACAGAUCUCUUCAAAGGGGGCAGCUCAAUAGCUCCCUGCCACCAUUUCUGAUGCGAAGGGCCUCCUGGAGCUGCUUGCUCCAAAGAAGGAUUGUGGUUCCCAGCGGUGCCUUGUGCCAGGAGAGCUCUGCGUGUGUGCCUUUCCUUCUGGCUCCCCAUGACUCCUUCCCUGCCUGACACUGCCUCACACUGUGAUAAGCAGGCUCAAUCGCUGCUUGUUGGUACUCUCCUGCCAGCUGAUUGGAGACCUGGCUUCCUGGAAGCAGUAGGAGACACAGAUUUCUGGGGUGAAGUACUGGGCUGGGUGUAUUUUGCCUUGCUCUGGAGCUAGCAGAUGUGAAAGAGGGCAGCUCUGAUCAGUUACCAGCCUCCAGCAUCCUGAUGGGUGGGCAGGGCAGGGAGAGAAAGGGUCACGAUAGCGUGAGUUGUCAGACAUCUCUGCCCCUUCACUGACCUCACCUCUUGGUGACAGCAUUUCCCAAGUGGAAAACAGAUGAUUUCUAGGACCACAUACCCUGAGCAAGGAAGGUACAAAACCUACCCAAAGCAGGAGCCUGCCUGUAGCUUAUUCUAGUGUCUAGCUGUUUUAUCCUUCCUGUGGCAAGAAGAUGCAAUGGGGGGUUUAUCCCAGCAAUGACUUCUGCCCCUAAAGGGCUGUUGAUUGGGGCUCCAAUUCAUCCCUGUUUAGAGUAGUGAAGACCCAGCUUUUUGUGUUGGUCCUGUGACUCUCCCACUGAGAAAGAAACAUCCUAAAGUGGUUGCAAGGGGGGAGGAUGAUCCCAGGUGGGUUCACACUGUCAUUGUGAAGAUAACACUUUACAUCAACGUCUGGUUUUGUGUACUACUCUGCCAGCUAUGCAGAAGCAGCCCUUGGAUAAUUGUACUGCUUUGCUGUGCCUUGUGAAACAUGUAAAACAGGGACAACACUCAAGCUGAUUUUGGCCCUGGUAUAUACUUGGACAAAAAGCACUUGCAGGAGUGCUGCCUGGUUCCUGUGUCCUCGUCCACUGAAGUCAGAGCAAGGAGGGAGGGGAAAGAGGCUGUUUGGGGUCGUUGUGAACCCCUGUACCUCUGGUGAAAAGCCUUCACAAUGUGCCUUUUUGCCUAAAAUACAGGAAUUUUUGACACAAAAAAUGAUUUGGUCACAAUUAUUUUUGUAUUGAUCAUUAAG